AUGGGGAAUCAGGCGGGCUAUAAACCGUCUAUAUCUCCUCGUGCUGCCCCCAUCUCGGCGCCUCGCUCACCUCCGGCCCGUCCUUCUUCGUCUGAGAGCUGCUGCCGUCCAACCCCGCGAACGGGGUCGCCGCCUCACCCUCCGCCUCCGUGCGGCGCUUCGCGCUCAUCGCGUACGACUGCUCCACCUGAAGCGGCUCAGUCACAGUCACCCUGCAGACGCACGCCGCCUCAAGCGACUCAUCUGCGUGCGACUCCCGCGCUGUCGCGGGCUUCUCCGCGGGAGUCGGCGCCUGCGGUAGGCUGUUGCCGCGCCUCCGCCCCCACUGCGUCUCUCUCUCCUCGCGCCUGCUUUGUCUCCACUGUGCCUAAGCCGCGGGGCUGCGAGCAAACCCGCGCCGCGACUGGCUCUGUCUGGCAACUUUCCGUCGUGGGCAUGACCUGUGCGGCGUGCUCAGGCGCCGUGGAGCGACGUCUCGCGCGAAUGACCGGCGUGUCGCGUGUCGCCGUCGACCUCAUCCGCAACUGCGCGACAGUCGAGUUCGACUCGGGCAUGCAUACGCCGCAGGGACUCUGCGACGAAAUCAACAAACUGGGCUUCCGCAGCUUCCCUAUGGCUUUCCAGGGGCUCGCGCGGCGGGUGCGAGCCUCCGCGGCGAGCGACGCGAAGGCUCAAUGCGAACCCGCACGCGAACAAGAAGCCUCGCCUCCACAGGCCACCCCCCGAGGCAGCAAAGGGCCUCAUUCAGAAACUUCGCCUUCCGGCGGGGAGUGUGAAGGUGCGCGAGACGAAAGCGAGCAGGAGGGACGCCGGAGCCAAGGCAGAGAGAGCCGCGACGAAACUGGCGAGGAACACUGCGGCGAAGACGGCGCCAGCGGGAGCGGGGGCGGGAACGGCCGCGCAGAGGACGGCCUGAAGAAUCGACUAAAGACGAAAUCCGUGAAAGUCAAAGGUCUUUCGAAAACCGUUUCCUACAACGAAGUUCCCCACACAGAGGGCGCUGCAGAACUUGAGAAACCCGAGGCAACUGCGGUGCUUCUCCUGAGCAUCCACGACAGCGUGAGGAAUCGAGUGAGGCCUUGGCUGGAACAGGCAUCUGAGCCAGCGUCUGGCACACCUUCGAAUGCCCGGUUUGCUUCUUCGUCUCCGCAAACGCCUCGCCGCGCUUCGCCUCACCCUGCGCCUGGGGACGGAUCCCUUUCCUCGGCGUCUCGCUCUUCGGGUUGUUGCCCUGCGACGUCGGCUGAGAGCCAGAAGACUUCCGCUCUCCCUGGAGAGGCGGGCAAGGCCGGAAGCUCUUCCCGCGAGUUGCGGCGCGCGACGCGUUUGGAGGAACUGCGCAGAUUGGAUGGCGUUUUUGCGUGCGUAGUGGAAGAAGAGGGCGACGCCGCGCGCCUUCAAAUUCACUACAAUCCUUUUCAGCUCGGCGCGAGGCACAUCGUCAGCUGCGUCGAGGCGAAGGGCUUCAACGUCAAAGUGCUGGACGGUAACCCGCUGCAAGCCCAACGCCAAGAGUCGCAGCGGCGUCUCGCGAGCUUGUCGCGAAACGUUCGCCUCUCCAUGGCUCCUGCGGCCAUCGUCCUUCUCCUCUCGCUCGGCGUGCACAUGGACGGUCUGCCGGCUCCACUAAAGUUCGAGCUGAUCCCGGGCAUCGGGCUUGCGAAUCUCGUCAUGCUUCUGCUCACUAUUCCUGUCCAGUUUUUCUGGGGACGCGUCUUUCAGCAGGAAUUGAAAAAAGCGUGGAUGGCGCGCUUCCCGACGAUGGACUCUCUAGCCGCACUUAGCACGAACCUCGCGUUCUCCUACUCGUCCGUCUCGCUUCUCUACAGCUUCGCCUCUCACGUCUUCUUCCCUCCGCGCGCCCGCGACGAGUGGCGAGCCCGUCUGCUCACGACGCUCGAGGCGCCACCGCCGCUUUGGAGCCCAACGGAUGAAAAAUUCUUUCUGCGGGCGGCACUCCAAGCUGAGCGCGAGCCGCCGACGUUCUUCGACGCCUGCGCCACCCUCACCACCGUCCUCCUCAUCGGGAAGUUGCUGCAGCAGAGGGCAAAGGCGUGCUCGCUGGAGAACAUCAGUAGGCUGCUAGACACCGCACCGACCGCGGCAGUUCUCGUGGCGGCGCCGCCUGGAGCUGCGGAGGGCUGUGGAGCGCCUCACGCAGGCGAAGCGGCCUCGACAGAGCGAACGCGCGAAAUCCCCGUCGAUCUCAUUCAGAUCGGCGACACACUCCUGGUGCCGCCCGACGCGACUGUGCCAGCCGACGGCGAGCUCCUCACGGCCUCUGCACGCGUGGGCGAGCAGUUGCUGACGGGAGAGGCAAAGUGCAUCUUCAGGCGCGCGGGGGACUGUCUCCUCGCAGGCUCGCGAAACCGCGGCCUCGCUCCGCUACGCAUGCGCGUCACACGCGUCGGCAGCCAGACGGUGCUGAGUCAGAUCUCGGCGUUGGCGUCGCAGGUGCAGACGGCGCGGGUGCCUGUGCAGCGCCUCGCAGACAAACUCGCUCGCUACUUCGUGCCGUUUGUUCUCCUCGUCGUCUUCCUCACUCUCCUCAGCUGGUCUGCUGCCGUCUUCUUCCCUGCGGCGCCCACGAUCACCUCGGCGGCGCCUCACGAAGGCCUCGCAGGCGGCCGUGGAGGCGACAAGCAGGAACCCGGCGCAGAUCUGCGUGGGCCUAAGGAGACUCCCGAGGCCGGCGAAAGCGGCGCUAGGCGAACGCCGCCGAACUCGGUCUCUGCGGCGGCCGUGGGCCUGUUGGGCGCCGCGCCGUCGCAGACGAACCAGAUGACCUUCUUCGCCUCGCUAGAGAACGACGACGCAGUGCUGCUACCCGGCGAGCUGCCUGUUGGCCUUCUGUCGUUCCCGGGGGCUGCUGCUCUGCCCGGUCCCUCGCGCGGAACGCCGCCGGCGGCGGCUUUCCUGUCCCGCGGGGGUGCUGCCGAGGCCGCUGCUGAGGCUGCUGCCGAGCUCCCCGCCGCUGGCGACCCGCUGGCCGCCGACCUCUCGCUGCAGGUGUGGCUGUUUCUAGUGAAACUCCUCUUCGUUUUCCGCUUCGCAGUCGCCGUCUGCAGCAUCGCCUGCCCCUGCGCAAUGGGUCUCGCCGCGCCCGCAGCUCUCGCGGCCGCGUCGGGGCGCGCCGCCCACUGGCAGGUGCUGGUCAAGUCUGCGGAGGCGUUGGAGAGCGCCGGGAGCCUCGCCGCCGCAGUCCUCGACAAAACCGGUACCGUGACGACGGGGAACAUGAAGGUCGCCGCGACUUUGUUGUCGGUUCGCAACAUCGAAGCCUGUCUGCUUCCUUUGUACCGGUCGCACAAGACAGGCGGCUCGACUCCGUCCUGCGUGCCGCGGGCGUCGCAUGCCCUUCGGCGGGAGCGUGAUCCUCGCCGUGAAUCCGCAGACGGGUUUCCUCAAGAGACACCUCAGCCUCUCCUAUCUCCAUGUCGUUCCCUGUCCGUGUCCUCCACGUGCUGCUUCGGGGCCCCACGCCUCCCUCUCUUUUUGUCUUCUGUCGCUUCUUCUGUGGAAGCUUCUGUUUCGAGUUCUUCUCUCUCUUCUUUCUGUUCCUGUUCUGUCGGCGACGACGCUGGGCAUUGUUUGAAGGCGGGGAGCGGCGAAGACGCGAGGGAGGCCGGGUGGCUCCUGAGCAGAGCGCAGGCGACCGAGUCGCUGGCGAGCGUCGCGUACUCCGCAGGCGUCGCUUUGAGGCACCUUACUGAGUCAGAAGAGGCUUUUUGGUGGAGUUUGGCGAGCGCGGAGGCCGGCGUAGAGCACAGCAUCGCGCGAGGCAUCUCCGAGUUUUAUCUCGCGCUGCAGGGAGAAAGGGGCCUCAAACAACUCAGGCAAGAGAGCGAGGCGCCCCUGUGGCCUUCCGCAUGUCAUUCUGCGCUGAGUGCGUCUCAUCUGAGAGCGAGAGAGGCGCGAGCGGCGACAAAGCAAGUGAAUGACGACGCAUCGCCGCUUUCGCCCGCCUCUUUCGCAGGCGACGAGAAGACAACGUGCGCGGAGACGGAGGGGGCGCUCGACUCUUCAGAUCGCGAGCAAACAUUGGCGUUUCCGUGCUGCUUCGACGGCGAAAGCCUAUGCGAAGAUUCCCCGCCCCACGCGUCUCUCCCUGGCUACCUGCCGCCAGGUCCCGUGGGCGCCGCGCGACACCACUCGCUCUCUGUAGGCUCGCCUCCCCGGGGGAGCGGUAUCCAUUGUGUGCCUGCCGAGGCGGCGGCGUCGCUCAGCCUCCUCGAUCUGGUUCGGCCUGCAGAACGAGUGGUGUUCCCCGGAGAAGGCGUCGCCGCGACGCUUCCAGCAGAAGGCAAGAAGUCGCACAACGGGCGCGGGGCCGUGCUGCAGCUGUUCGUAGGCUCGGAGCGGUUCGCGCGCGGCACACGCGGCUCUGCGCCUCCAGACGAGGGAGCAAAUCGAGACAAGCACGAGGGAAAAGAAGAGCUGCCGCCUCAGUGUGGCAACGAAGAGACGCAGGAUGUCACCAGCGGAUCCCGGUUUUCGCGUAGCGCUGCCGAAAGCGAAAAUGCGAACGAAAACCGCGCGGACGAAAGCAAACAGGCAGAAGACGACAGGCUCGUCCAGGCUUGGAUUAAACACCACGAAGAGACUACCGGCACGGUAGUUGUCGUGCGGGCGCGUGAAGCCCCGCCGCCGCAGGCUGGCGAGCCACGAACGCUGCGGCCGACAGCCGCGGACUCCGUCUUUCUCGGCGCCGUGGCGUUCGCCGACGAGCUCUCGGCGGGCGCGAAGGAGGCGAUUGCGUUUCUGCGCGACUCACUAAACCUCGAGGUCUUUAUGUGUACCGGCGACAACGCGAGAACGGCACGCCGCGUCGCGCGCGCUCUCGACAUCCCCGAGGCAAACGUCGUCGCCGGCGUCCUGCCUCACGAGAAGGCCGCCUUUGUGCGCGCGCUGCAGCGCCGCGAGAACUCACGCGUAGCCGCGAUCGGCGACGCGCAGGCAGCCGAAGGCGGAAAUCGAGCGCAGGCCGCACCGCGCAGACUGGUCUCCGCAUACACCGACGAUGGAGCUUCAGUCUCCAUUGAGGCACCAGAUGAGAAUCGCGGGAAGGAAACGGGGUUACCCUCUCUCCCUCAGAAAACUAAAGCCUCCACGUGGUUGAACGGAAGUCCACACACGCUCGUGCAGCGCUUGAGCCCGCUCGCUGGGCGCCUGCGUGUCUUCGGGGCUUCGGAAAGAAGCGCGGGAGCGCUGUCGCUCUACACGCCGGUCACCGACGAGCUGCAUGAGAGCGGCGCCGCAGAGAGCCUGUCGACUCCCUCUGCCUCGCUGGCGCCGUCGGUGGCGCCUCGCUGCGAUUGGACUUCAGGCCGCCACGCGUCGGCGUCUCCCCUCCGCAACUGCGAGAGGGGCGCUGGCGACUCUGCAAAAGGCCGCCUGGCUGCCGGCGACAGGGAAGCGGAAGCGAAGCAGGCGGAUAUCCCAAGAGGAUCCAGCGGCUGUGGCUCCAUUCUACAUGCGGCUGCGGGCGGACUCGUCGCGGAACUUCAAAAAGCCGCUCGCUGCUUCGCGAGAGACGCUCCUGACGACCACCCGCCGCGGCGCCCGACUCGAGACAGGCGCCUAGCCGGUCGCCUGGAGGCCUCCGCCGACGCAGGGGACAGCGGAGAGGCGGGCGCAGCUCCUCCUGCGCGCCGGAGGGCCUGUGGCCGCGCGCGGGCGAGCUGGCGAUGUGGCGCGCGGAUGCGGAAGGCCUCAGGUACACCACGGCGAGUGUGCAUGGUGGGCGACGGCAUCAAUGACGCGCCUGCGCUCGCUGCAGCCGACACCGGGAUCGCCAUCGGAGCCUCCGCCUCUGCAGCGCUUCUGUCUGCAGACGUGGUGGUGCUGGGCGACGCGCUCAGGCAGUGCGUGAACUUCUUCCUGCUCGCGCGUCAAACACGAAAGAUCAUCUACUGGAACUUUUUUUGGGCUUUAGGCUUCAACGUCGUCGGGAUACCUUUGGCUGCUGGCGCACUCUAUCCCCGAGUGUACGUACACCCCCUGGUGGCUGCCUCCGCCAUGGCGCUGAGUUGCCUUCUCGUUCUUCUCAACGCGACCAGCCUCACGCGCUUCCCGAAGCACCCGCCACAGGACGAGUUAACAAAAGGCAACACCGGUACUGACUAG